CAUGAUUGCCCGUCAAUUCCGUUAUACCACCAACCAAUGGUCUACAAUAUUAAGAAACCUGCACUCGUCUAAACAUGUUCACCAUCUGCUCGAUGAAAGUCCUUGCUCAAACCCAACCCCCCUUUACCCUGUUAUUCUCCCCUUUGACGCCUUUAAAAGGUUCAAACUACUUCUUAAAUCAGGCCUACUUAAUGCUAUCGAUGAAGUUACACUGGGUCUGGCUCUCAAGGGAUCUUGCGGUAAUUCGAAACAGGGGACCCAAGUUCACAAAUUUGUUAUCAUCUCCGGAAUCAUGUCCUUCGUUACUGUUCCAAAUUCAUUGAUGAAUAUGUACUCUAAAUCUGGGCAGUUUGAGAAGGCUUUGUGCAUCUUUGAGGGCUUACAUGAUCCCGAUAUAGUUUCGUGGAAUACUCUGCUUUCAGGGUUUCAGAAAAGUGAAGAAGCGUUGAGUUUGGUUUCGAGGAUGAAUCUGAAUGGGGUUGCUUUCGAUGCUGUAACUUGUACCACAGCACUUUCUUUCUGUUUGGACCUUGAAGGGUUUCUUUUAGGAUUGGAGUUACAUACUCUGGUAAUCAAAUCUGGAUUAGAUAGCGAGGUUUUUGUGGGGAAUGCUCUUAUAACGAUGUAUGCAAGGUGGAAACGUUUAGAGCAAGCUCGAAUGGUAUUUGAUGAGAUGCCGAAUAAAGAUUUGGUUUCGUGGAAUGCGAUCCUUUCGGGGUACAGCCAGGAGGAUGGUUAUGGGUUAGAAGCGAUGUGGACGUUUAUUGAAAUGGUGAAACAAAGAAUAAAGCUUGAUAAUGUGUCAUAUACUGGUGCAGUUUCAGCCUGCAGUCAUCAGAGGAACUUAGAGGUUGGAAGACAGAUUCAUGGUCUGUGUACAAAAAGUGGGUAUGGUAAACAUGUUUCCGUUUGUAAUGUUUUGAUGUCAAUGUAUGCGAAGUGUGAGGUUGUUGAAGAUGCAAAAUUGGUAUUCAGAACAAUGAAUGAGCCUAAUGUGAUCUCAUGGACUACAAUGAUCUCUAUUGAUGAAAAGGAUGCUUUGCACCACUUUAAUAAAAUGAGAUUGGAUUAUGUUCAUCCUAAUGACGUUACAUUUUUUGGAUUGAUCCAUGCCAUAACCAAUGGGAAAUUAGUUGAAGAAGGCCAAAUGGUUCAUGCGUGUUGUGUGAAAGGUAGCUUUUUGUCUGAAUCAAAUGUUUGCAACAGCCUUAUCACCAUGUAUGCUAGGUUUGAGUUGAUACAAGACUCUGUUAAGGUUUUUGAGGAACUUGAAUCUAGAGAAAUUGUUUCAUGGAAUGCCUUAAUCUCUGGAUAUGCUCAAAAUGGAAUGUUCCUAGAAGCUAUGAGGACAUUUUUUUUAGCAGCUGGGGAAUGUAAACCAAAUCAAUACACAUUUGGUAGUGUCUUGAAUACAAUCGGUUCUUGUGAACAUCUAUCUCUAAAACAUGGUCAGUGGUGCCACUUGCAUUUAAUAAAGGUUGGGUUGAAUACUGAUCCGAUAGUGUCCAAUGCCCUUCUCGACAUGUAUGCAAAGUGUGGGAGCAUUUCUGAGGCACAGAAAGUUUUUAAUGAGACUUCAAAGAGCCAAUUUGCUUGGACAUCAUUAAUAUCUGCUAAUGCAAGGCAUGGAAAUUAUGGUUCAGUGAUGGCUUCAUUCGAAGAGAUGAAAAGGGAAGGAGUGAAACCUGACUCAAUCACCUUUCUUUCCAUACUAACAGCUUGUGGCAGAAACGGAAUGGUUGAUAUUGGUAAACAAAUCUUUGACUCAAUGUCGACAGAAUAUCAGAUCGAACCAUCCUCAGAGCAUUAUUCUUGUAUGGUGGAUAUGUUGGGACGUGCAGGUAGAUUGGAGGAGGCAGAGCAGCUAAUGGGUUGCACUCCGGGAUGGCCAGGAUUGUCUAUGCUGCAAAGCUUGCUCGGGGCUUGCACUAUACAUGGAAAUGUAGAGAUGGAUGAGAGGGUAGCUGAGACUUUGAUGGAAAUGGAGCCCAAUGAGUCAGGUCCAUAUGUAUUGAUGUCGAACUUGUAUGCUGAGAAGGGGAAGUGGGAGAAGGUAGCGAAACUGAGGAAAAUUAUGAGACAGAGGGGAGUGAGGAAGGAAGUGGGAUUUAGUUGGGUGGAUGUUGGUGACAUCAACAGUUCGAUGUCUUUGCACGGUUUCUCAUCAGGAGAUAGAUCUCACCCACAGUCCGAUGAGAUAUGCAAAAUGGCAGUAUACCUGGGAUUACGUAUGAAACUUUUGAGAUAGAAAAACAGACUAAGAAUACAUGGCAAUGAUAGUGACAGUAUGACAUGAGUCAUUGGGGAAUUCCUUUUGUACUUGUAUAUUUUUAAUUUUUAUGACUUUGG